CACGAAUUGAUGUUGGCUAAUUUGAUAUAAUAUCUUAAAUUCCCAUUAUAUCGUCAUGUAUCUUUUAUAUCUUUUUUUAUUGAAACACAAUAGAUAAUUGAUAUUAAAUUUCAUUAGAAAACAAUGUUAUGAAACUAUGAAAUAGGUCAUGUCUGAUAUGUCUUGUUUAUGACAGAUAUUUAAGAUAAAUAUUACAUGAUAAACAGUAAUAACAUUGUUUACAUGUAACAGUCAUUGGAGUAGUAAAUACCAUACAUAAAAUAAAUAUUCAAACAGACAUGGAAUAUUGUGUAACAUUAUUCAUCCGGAGGCUGGGAAAUGGAAGUCUCUGAAAAAACAGCGCUGUCGUCAGAAGUUGUUCAAAGUUUGAGUGAAGAUAUAAACAAACUUUCCCUGUCUAAUACGACCUGCAUGGAUAUUAACGAUUGUAUGCAAACUAUUGUAAAAGCUGACUUUCAGAAACUCAAACUGGUAGACAAGAGCAAUGCUUCCAAAUCCAAUUCCGAUUUCAACCUUGCAGUCAAGUGCCUGAUGAAAUUCUCCCAUAAUAUUUUCACCGCUUUAAAAGUAGUGGGGAAGUCUCCUGGCCAAGCAGGAACUGUAUAUAAAGUUGCCACUGUUAUAGUCGGGUUAUUUUUUGCAGAAGAUGUUUCUUCAGUUGUAGCCAAGAGAUUUGAAAAUACCUUGGAUGCAGAUCUAAGGGCUAAAUGCCGAGCAACAUGUGUAAAGAUAAGUCACUGUAUCAACUACAUGCAAGGAUUGCCAUACCCGGGAAAACUUCGGGAUGAAGAGAAAAAAAUGCACUUAUUGUUAAUGGCCACAGACGUCCCUGUUCAAACCGGACUAGAUGAAGUUUUAUACUUAGGUGAAAAAAUUAGGGAAAUGGUUCAAACAGCAACAGGAGAUAUGAGCAAAUUUGAUUGUUUGAUGAAUAAUGUUGAACUGUAUUGCUGUCUAGCAACAUUUCGAGAGCUAUUUCUCCUGUAUCGCUUUGCUUUUCAGUCGUUGUUUGAGGUGAAUGCAGAGUCUGUCAAAAAUGUUCUUGAGUCACAAAUUUCUAAUGAUCAGUCUGUUUUGGAAUUCCUUCACAAACCAACCAUUGAAACCGCAAAAUUAUACUAUAAUGUACAGAAAAGCGACUGGCCAUUAUCCAAAUCUUUUUGUGAGAGACGUGAAUUAGUUGUAGAAGAUUUAGCUUGUCUAAAUAAAGGGGUCUAUAAAAUUCAGUCUGUUCAAACUAAACAUACGUUACAUACAAAGGGCAGUAGUAUGUUAGGACGCAAGGCAGUAUGUGGGGUAUAUUUGGAAUCAAGUCGUAGGAAAAAAAAUGUCUUCUCAAUUCAGUCUGAUUCGCAAUACCUCGGUGAGUCAGAAUGCACAAAGUACGUAGGCUUGUCAGACGGAUAUAUUGACUGGUAUAUUUUAAAGGUACAUGGGAGUGUCUCUUCUGACAAACCGUGUUUUCUGAUAUGGUUAGAUUCAGAUAUUGACAAGUGCAUGUGUGAUAAUUCGUUUUCUUAUACAAUGAUGGGAACACUUUACCCAACAUCUCUGGCUACUUCAAAAGAGCUAGGUUCAAAUUUUUUCUGGACCCUUGAACCAAUCUAAACGUUUCUAUUUCCUCCAAAAAGCUGUCAAAAACAUUAAAAGUAUCAUGAUUAUAAUUGUAAAUUUUGUAAACAAAAUACAAGGUACAUGUAUAUGUUUGCCUGUGUUCGGGUUUAUCGGUGUUUUAUAUUUUAAGUUUCAGUUAAUAAAAGACGCUGUCUUCUUGUAGCAGUGAGCACAAUGCCCACCUUUACAGUGUUGCCACAUUGGAAUAACACAUUACAUAAUACCCUACCCAGUUACAUUAUACUAACACCGGGUAAACCAGGUCUUGAAUUAGCCUCAAUGCUGAGCCAGGCGAGGAAAAUGCUAGUUCCAUUUUGUACGUAUUUUGUAUGACAGCAGGGGAGCGAACCCAUUAUCUCCCACACUUGAAGCGUAGACUACCGAGGCAGUAACGUAGUUACAUUGAUGCUUUGGAAGUUCCUGUAAAAUUGCUAUUUUAAGGAUUUUUGUUGGGUGGAUUGGAAUGGCUUUGGUGGUAUGUUAUUAACAGAUAAUUUCUGAGUAAAUUGUUGAUCACCCUUCAUGAGUCCUUUCAGCUGCUUAUUUAGAUUUUUAAUUGCUAUCAUUAGGACUUUUCAGUUUCAGAUAUUAAUUAAGUUACAUUCAUGUUUAUCUUUCAAUUUUUGAUAUAUUUAAGUUUUUGAAGAUUUCUGUAAUAAUUCCUAUUGGCAACAUUUUUGCAUUGUUAGAAUUUGUAUUAAUAAAUGAAUUACUAUACAUUUAUGUAUAUGAAUAAAAAUACAUUGAAGUCUAAG